CCACGUGGAUCGAGUCACCGAAACUACUGCGUGGUUCCUGAACGUUCCGGAACUUCCCAUCUCUCUGAAAACGCUUCACUAAACUGUGUUCUCUCCUUCAUUUGCAGCAAACCAACGAUCGAAGCUCAUAUGCGCGGAACAGCUGCACUAUUGCCUGCAAAGAACAUAUUCAAACAAAUCCAUCCAACAAAAAGAACAUGGGGAAUUGUUGCCACUUCAACCCCGAAGAAGCAAGAAAAUAAUGAUGUUGGGGAAGGACAUGUUACAGUUGACAAGGCUGAUCCUAUUGUUGCCUUCAGCAAGCCACCGCCACUUCCACCUGUUCUUGGACCAAUUGUUGUUCUCUCGUUGUUUGAAACAUGGUCGAGUCGGGAUAGCAGUGAUGACUGACAGGUGAUGUGAAGCCUGUCCUUCUGUUAUUAGCAAUGACUCGUGACUUGCAAGAAAACUAUGUUAAUGUCUUUUACUGGAAGAAAAUGUUUGAAAUGUGCAUCAGUAUCUUGAAUGUAUAGUUAAGUAUGUGAGCCACAAAAUUCCAGAUGUUGAUGUAGUAUCCCAGAAGUGCCACUAUAGAUGGCUCCAAAACUAUCUUGUAAAUCUUUAGAAACCAUUGUAGCAUAACAUUGGGACUCUUUAGGAACCCUGCAAUAGCCAAAUAUUGAAAUAGUAUUAUCAUUUUACCA